AUGACUGGAUUUCAGCUAGCAGCCCUGACACUAAAGGAGCCAGGCAAGAGAGGGGGAGAAAAGGAAGAGGAGUGGCCAUCUCACCUCAAUAUGCAGACUCAGGGAAAUACCAUUUGUGUGAUUUCUACAGUGGAGACUGGAGAAACCAUUACUUAUUCUUCAAGUGAAGGGACAGGGCUGCUUAUUGAUGAAGAUGAACCUCUGUUUCUUAGUCUGAUUGAAGAUUUGUUUCCAAGUAUCCAGUUAGAUAAAGCUGGCUAUCCCGAACUUGAAGUUGCCAUUGACAAACAGGUUGCAGAAGCUGGGCUGAUAAGUCAUCCUCCCUGGAAACUCAAGGUCAUUCAGCUUUUUGAAACUCAGAGAGUGAGGCAUGGAAUGAUGACCUUAGGACCCAGUGGAGCUGGCAAGACUACCUGUAUCCAUACCCUGAUGAAGGCAAUGACAGAUUGUGGACAGCCACAUCGAGAGAUGAGGAUGAAUCCAAAGUCCAUCACCGCUCCUCAGAUGUUUGGUCGUCUUGAUGUAGCUACUAAUGACUGGACAGAUGGCAUUUUUUCAACUCUGUGGAGGAAGACACUGAGGGCUAAGAAAGGAGAACAUAUCUGGAUAGUUCUUGAUGGUCCUGUUGAUGCAAUUUGGAUUGAAAACUUAAACUCUGUUUUGGAUGAUAACAAAACCCUAACUCUAGCAAAUGGUGACCGUAUCCCAAUGGCUCCAAACUGCAAGAUUAUCUUUGAACCACACAACAUUGACAACGCAUCACCAGCCACUGUGUCUAGGAAUGGAAUGGUGUUCAUGAGUUCAUCUGUCUUAAACUGGAGCCCUAUUCUUGAGGGCUGGCUGAAAAAACGUUCUCAACAAGAAGCAGAAAUAUUGAGGAAACUAUACUCAAAGUCUUUCCCAGAGCUGUAUAGAUUCAGCAUCCAGUCUUUGGAAUACACAAUGGAGAUGCUAGAAGCAUUUAUAAUCACACAAAGCAUUAACAUGUUGCAAGGUUUAAUUCCCCACAAGGAACAAAGUGGUGAGGUGACAUCUGAGCACCUUGAAAGGUUGUAUGUCUUCUCCCUGAUGUGGAGCAUUGGAGCUUUGAUAGAGCUGGACGACAGAAGGAAAAUGGAGCAGUGGCUGCGCAAUCAUGAAACUAUUCAGCUCGACCUACCUGAGAUCCUUCCAAGCAGUGAAGAUACAAUGUUUGAUUUCUAUGUCACACCCGAAGGUCAGUGGAUCCAUUGGAAUACCUGUGUAGAGGAAUAUAUUUAUCCUUCAGACUACACUCCAGAAUAUGGCUCCAUUCUUGUACCUAAUGUGGACAACGUCAGGACAGAUUUCCUUAUACAGACCAUUGCAAACCAGGACAAGGCUGUGCUGCUAACUGGUGAACAAGGUACAGCAAAGACUGUAAUUAUCAAAGGAUUUAUGUCAAAGUACAACCCAGAAGAACACAUAGCCAAGAACCUCAAUUUCUCAUCUGCAACUACUCCACUCAUGUUUCAGCGUACAGUAGAGAGCUAUGUGGAUAAGCGCAUGGGAACAACUUACGGUCCACCAGCUGGGAAGAAAAUGACUGUUUUUAUUGAUGAUAUCAACAUGCCUGUGAUCAAUGACUGGGGAGAUCAGGUCACAAAUGAGAUUGUGCGCCAGCUUAUGGAGCAGAAUGGAUUUUAUAAUCUGGAGAAGCCUGGGGAGUUUACGAACAUUGUAGACAUUCAGUUCCUAGCAGCCAUGAUUCACCCUGGAGGAGGCAGAAAUGAUAUUCCCCAGAGACUAAAGAGACAGUUUUCAGUGUUCAAUUGUACUUUGCCGUCCAACUCAUCCAUUGACAAAAUUUUUGGUGUGAUAGGAACAGGACAUUACUGUGCUCAGAGGGGGUUCUCAGAUACUGUCAGAAGCAUGGUAGCCAAAUUAGUGCCACUGACACGUAGACUGUGGCAAAUGACAAAGGUGAAAAUGCUACCUACCCCAGCCAAGUUCCACUACAUCUUCAAUUUAAGAGAUUUGUCUCGAAUUUGGCAAGGCAUGCUUAACACCACAGCUGAAGUUGUUUGCAAUCAGACAGUACUGCUUCAGUUGUGGAAGCAUGAGUGCAAACGCGUUAUAGCUGAUCGCUUCACCACCCCUCAGGAUGUGGCGUGGUUUGACCAAGCAUUGGCCAAACUAAUAGAUGAUGAGCUAGGCAAUGAGAUGAAGGCUGUGGUAGAAGUUGGUGUGGAUGCUUAUUUUGUUGAUUUCCUAAGAGAUGCUCCUGAGGCAACAGGUGAGGAGCCAGAAGAUGCAGAUUUUGACAUGCCGAAGAUCUAUGAGCCAGCAGAAUCAUUUGAUCAGCUGAAAGAUCGCCUGAAUAUGUUUCUGCAGCUGUAUAAUGAGAGCAUCAGAGGAGCAGGAAUGGAUAUGGUCUUCUUUGUAGAUGCAAUGGUUCAUUUAAUUAAGGUUUCUCGUAUUAUACGGACUCCUCGUGGUAAUGCACUUCUGGUUGGUGUAGGUGGAUCUGGGAAGCAAAGUCUAACAAGACUUGCAUCUUUCAUUGCUGGCUACACAACUUUUCAGAUCACAUUAACAAGAUCAUACAAUGCUUCUAAUCUAAUGGAGGACUUGAAGACAUUGUACAGGACAGCAGGUCAGCAAGGCAAAGGCAUCAGCUUCAUUUUCACAGACAAUGAGAUCAAAGAAGAAUCCUUCCUUGAAUAUCUGAACAAUGUGCUGUCAUCUGGAGAGGUUUCCAAUCUUUUUGCUCGUGAUGAAAUUGAUGAAAUUACUAGUGAUCUUGUUCCCAUCAUGAAGAAGGAGCACCCUCGGAGACCACCGACCAAUGAAAACUUGUAUGAGUACUUUAUGACAAGGGUUCGUCAGAAUCUUCAUGUAGUGCUUUGUUUCUCUCCAGUAGGAGAAAAGUUCCGGAAUAGAGCUCUCAAAUUCCCAGCACUUAUUUCGGGUUGCACCAUGGACUGGUUUAGCCGAUGGCCCAAAGAUGCCCUUAUUGCAGUUUCUGAACAUUUCCUGUCAUCAUAUCAAAUUGACUGUACUUCAGAAGUAAAGAAGGAGGUGGUACAGUGUAUGGGAUCCUUCCAGGAUGGUGUAGCAGAGAAGUGUGCUGAUUACUUCCAGAGAUAUCGCAGGUCAACACACGUAACACCCAAAUCAUAUCUUUCCUUUAUUCAGGGAUACAAAACCAUCUACAGAGAAAAACAUGCGGAGGUGCAGACAUUGGCUAACAGAAUGAACACAGGGUUGGAGAAGCUAAAGGAAGCUUCAGAAUCAGUUGCUGCAUUGAGCAAAGAACUGGAAGUCAAAGAGAAGGAACUGCAAUUAGCAAACCAGAAAGCAGACAUGGUGUUGAAAGAGGUAACUGUAAAAGCCCAGGCAGCUGAGAAAGUGAAAGUUGAAGUGCAGAAGGUCAAAGAUAAAGCCCAGGCCAUUGUCGACAGCAUCUCUGCUGAUAAAGCCAUUGCAGAGGAGAAGCUAGAAGCUGCAAGGCCAGCCUUGGAAGAAGCUGAGGCAGCACUGAAGACCAUCAAGCCUUCUGAUAUAGCCACGGUCCGAACAUUAGGAAGACCGCCUCAUCUUAUCAUGCGCAUCAUGGAUUGUGUGUUGCUGCUGUUCCAAAGGAAAGUGAAUCCUGUAAAACUUGAUUCAGAGAGGAAUUGUGUUACCCCAUCUUGGCAGGAGUCCUUAAAGCUCAUGACAGCUGGAAACUUUCUUCAAAACCUUCAGCAAUUUGCCAAGGAUUCAAUUAAUGAGGAAGCAGUAGAACUACUACAGCCUUAUUUUGAAAUGACUGACUAUAAUAUUGAAACCGCCAAAAGAGUAUGCGGUAAUGUGGCAGGUCUCUGCUCAUGGACCAAAGCAAUGGCUGCAUUCUUUGCUAUCAACAAGGAGGUGCUCCCUUUGAAGGCAAACUUAGUCAUCCAGGAGAAUCGACUUACCAUUGCUAUGGAAGAUCUACAGAAAGCACAGGCAGAACUGGAUGCCAAACAGGCUGAACUUGACAUAGUACAAGCUGAAUAUGACAAUGCCAUGAGAGAGAAACAGACAUUGCUAGAAGAUGCAGAGCGCUGUAGGCAUAAAAUGCAGACAGCAUCUAGUUUGAUCAGUGGACUAGCUGGUGAAAAGGAACGCUGGACAGAACAGAGCAAGGAGUUUAUGGCACAGACCAAACGUCUUGUUGGUGAUGUACUGUUGGCCACAGCCUUUCUCUCCUAUUCUGGUCCAUUCAAUCAGGAAUUCCGUAACCUUCUUCUGGCGGAUUGGCAGAAAGAAAUGAAGACACGUAAAAUCCCAUUUGGUGCCAAUUCGAAUCUUACAGAAAUGCUCAUCGAUGCACCGACUGUUAGUGAGUGGAAUCUUCAGGGAUUACCGAAUGAUGAUUUGUCCAUACAAAAUGGUAUCAUUGUGACAAAAGCUGCACGCUUUCCUUUAUUAAUUGAUCCUCAAACCCAGGGCAAGAUAUGGAUUAAGAAUAAGGAAUCCCGGAAUGAACUUCAGAUUACAUCACUAAACCAUAAGUACUUCAGAAACCAUCUUGAAGAUAGCUUAUCUCUUGGAAGGCCAUUGUUGAUUGAGGAUGUUGGUGAAGAACUGGACCCAGCCCUGGACAAUGUGUUAGAAAAAAACUUCAUCAAAACUGGCUCUACAUACAAGGUAAAAGUUGGCGAUAAGGAAGUGGAUGUUAUGAAUGGGUUUAGAUUGUAUGUCACGACCAAACUACCCAAUCCGGCUUAUACCCCUGAGAUUAGUGCUCGCACCUCUAUUAUUGACUUUACUGUCACAGUGAAAGGUUUGGAGGAUCAGCUGCUAGGUCGGGUCAUCCUCACAGAAAAACAGGAGCUAGAAAAAGAGAGAACUGAUCUGGUGGAGGAUGUUACGGCAAACAAGAGGAAAAUGAAGGAGUUGGAAGAUAAUCUGCUGUAUCGGUUGACGAGUACCCAGGGUUCACUGGUGGAGGAUGAGAGUCUUAUCAUUGUACUGAGCAAUACCAAACGGACAGCAGAGGAGGUGAUACAGAAACUGCAUAUAGCUGCAGAGACAGAGGUCCAGAUUAAUACAGCCCGUGAAGAAUACCGACCUGUUGCAACUCGAGGAAGCAUCCUGUAUUUUCUGAUCACAGAAAUGAGCAUGGUUAAUGUAAUGUAUCAGACUUCCUUGCGACAGUUUCUCAAGCUUUUUGACUUGUCCUUGGCCAGAUCUGCCAAGAGCCCCAUCACUAGCAAGAGGAUAGCCAAUAUCAUAGAGCACAUGACCUAUGAAGUCUACAAGUAUGCAGCACGUGGAUUUUACGAAGAACACAAAUUCCUCUUUACCCUUCUUCUCACCCUGAAGAUUGAUAUGCAAAGCAACAGAGUGAAGCAUGAAGAGUUUCUCACUCUCAUUAAAGGUGGUGCUUCCCUGGACCUCAAAGCUUGUCCCCCAAAACCAGCCAAGUGGAUUCUGGACAUGACUUGGUUAAACCUGGUAGAGCUCAGCAAACUUCGACAGUUUUCUGAUAUUUUAGAUCAAAUUGGAAGAAAUGAAAAAGUAUGGAAGAACUGGUUUGACAAGGAGUUUCCUGAAGAGGAGGUUAUUCCAAGUGGCUUUGAUCAGUCUCUUGAUUGCUUUAGGCGGCUCCUGCUAAUAAGAUCAUGGUGUCCUGAUAGGACCAUUGCUCAGGCCCGGAAAUAUGUAAUGGAUACAAUGGGAGAGAAGUAUGUGGAAGGAGUAAUCCUUGAUUUGGAAAAGACCUGGGAAGAAUCUGAUCCCCGAACUCCACUUAUUUGUUUCUUGUCAAUGGGCUCUGACCCUACCGAUUCUAUCAUUGCACUCGGAAAAAGACUUAAGAUAGAAACUCGCUAUGUGUCAAUGGGACAAGGUCAAGAGGUUCAUGCACGUAAACUUCUACAGCAGACAAUGGUCCAUGGUGGAUGGGCACUGUUGCAGAAUUGUCACCUGGGAUUAGAUUUCAUGGAUGAGCUAAUGGACACAGUUUCUGAAGCAGAAACUGCCCAUGAGACAUUUCGCCUAUGGAUGACAACUGAAGUUCAUAAGCAGUUUCCUAUCACCCUUCUCCAGAUGUCAAUCAAGUUCACUAAUGAACCUCCACAAGGACUCAAGGCAGGCUUGAAAAGGACAUAUGGAGCAAUCAGUCAAGAUCUCUUAGAUGUCAGCAAUAUGGGACAGUGGAAGCCCAUGCUAUAUGCAGUUGCAUUUUUGCACUCUACAGUGCAGGAGAGACGGAAAUUUGGCCCUCUGGGAUGGAACAUACCGUAUGAGUUCAACCAGGCUGAUUUCAAUGCUACAGUACAGUUUGUACAGAAUCAUUUAGAUGACAUGGAUAUCAAAAAGGGAGUGUCUUGGGUGACUGUGCGGUAUAUGAUUGGAGAGAUACAGUAUGGUGGAAGAGUCACUGAUGAUUAUGAUAAACGUCUUCUCAAUACUUUUGCUAAAGUCUGGUUCAGUGAAAACAUGUUCAGUCAAGAUUUCUGCUUCUACAAAAGCUAUACCAUCCCUAGAUGUACCUCACUGGAUCAGUACGCACAGUACAUACAGAGUUUACCAGCUUACGAUACUCCUGAGGUAUUUGGAUUGCACCCCAAUGCUGAUAUCACCUACCAAAGUAAGCUAGCUAAGGAUGUGUUGGACACCAUCCUCAGCAUCCAGCCUAAAGACAGCUCUAGUGGUGGAGGUGAGACCAGAGAGGCAGUGGUAGCAAGACUGGCUGAUGAUAUGUUGGAAAAAUUGCCUGUAGAUUACAUACCAUUUGAGGUAAAAGAAAGACUUCAAAAGAUGGGCCCUCUUCAGCCAAUGAACAUUUUCCUGCGACAGGAGAUUGAUCGAAUGCAGAGAGUUAUCGUGUUGCUGAGAAGUACUCUGACUGACUUAAAACUUGCAAUCGACGGGACCAUCAUCAUGAGUGAAAGUCUACGAGAUGCUCUGGACUGCAUGUAUGAUGCAAGAAUUCCUGGUCGCUGGAAAAAAGCUUCUUGGGCUUCCAGCACACUGGGAUUCUGGUUUACUGAACUUUUGGAAAGAAAUCGUCAGUUCCAUUCUUGGAUAUUUGAGGGUCGACCAAACUGCUUCUGGAUGACUGGAUUUUUUAACCCACAAGGAUUCUUAACUGCUAUGAAACAAGAGAUUACACGAGCUAAUAAAGGGUGGGCCUUGGACAGUGUGGUACUUUGUAAUGAGGUCACCAAGUGGAUGAAGGAUGAUAUAACUCAGCCACCAUCAGAAGGGGUGUAUGUCUACGGGCUGUACUUAGAAGGAGCAGGAUGGGACAGACGAAAUUCCAAGCUCAUUGAGUCCAAGGCCAAAGUUCUUUUUGAAAUGAUGCCUGUCAUAAGAAUUUAUGCUGAAAACAAUACUACCAAAGAUCCUCGUUUAUAUUCCUGUCCAAUUUAUAAGAAGCCAGUUCGAACAGACCUAAAUUGUAUUGCAGCAGUGGAUCUUCGCACAACCCAGCCUCCAGAACACUGGAUAUUACGGGGAGUGGCUCUACUCUGUGAUGUCAAGUAAACAUGGAAUGCCUCAUUUUCGUAAAGCUGUAGCCAUUUCAUGACUUAAAAUCUUACUACGUAUUGUUGAUGAUUUGCUCUGUUAAUAUUUCCCUAAUACUCGUGUGCAAUUAUAAAAUAUACUGUAUUAUUUGUUUAAUAAAGCUACAGUUUAAUGUAUGCACUUUUGCUGGUAGUUCUUGCCUAAAACUUUCAUGUAGACAAAUCUUGAUUGAUCUUUUUGGAUAGAUUCAUUGCACCCUUCAGGCAUUCAGAUUCACAUAUUGAGCUAUGUAUGAUAUUCUUUUGUGGACUACCUUGCAUAACUCAUCUUAAAACACACAUAUAUAUAUAUAUAUAUAUAUAUAUAUAUAUAUAUAUAUAUAUUGGGCUUCUUAAUUCAGCCAGACGUUCAUCAGUUACCAUUCUUAUAUGUCUGUAGUUAGAAUUAUACAUUUAGUCAAGCCAUAACCGAGUGCUCCAUUUUCUUAAAAUGUUUCUUUCUAAUAAAAUGCUGUAAUAUCACACUUAGUUCUGUAAUUUUACUAUUCUGUUAAUUACAGGACAAACAUGAAUUAUGUACCAAACCAGUGAGCAGUUUUGCCUCAGUGGCUUUUAUCACUUUAAAGGGUAUGCAUUUUGCAAAUAGAGAAUGUUAUUUUACUUAUAUAAUAAACUGUUUGCUUAACCCCCCCCCCCGGAAAAUAAGAUUAGUCCAAGAAUGUAUUUGCUUCAUAUAUUAUUAAAAAAUACUGCAUUGUGUUAUGGCUUGAAGUCAACCUCUGUGAAUAUCAGUAUUAUUUCUUGGGUUAGGUCUUAUUUAAUUAGAAUUGCUAUACAGUAGUAAAUGAAGUGGAAAAACAAAAUACACUCAGGCUGUUAAAACUUCAGGUAAUGAUGCCGUGCUCAUGCGCCAGUAGUUGUUUCUAUACACAUUUGAUAUAAAAGGCAUACAUUAUCGUCUCUACUUUCCUAUAAGUACAUUUCUUUUUAACUUAGUGGAAAGGCAAAAUAUAUGAAAGAUGUGAAUGUCUACAGAGCAUGUUGCAUAUAGGAGUCGAAAGAUGUGCUAUAAAUCUUUAAUGUUCCACAUGCUGUGCAGUUUUGAAUUACUCAAUGCAUUUAGAUGUGGUCGUUAAAAUUCACAAUGCAAAACCAAGAAUAUCAAAGCAUAAAGUUCAAGACACAGUAGUGAUGCCCUAAUUGUGUUACAAAUUUGUUUACGUGCAGUAAGAUUCUGCAGAAAACUUUGCAUUGAAGGACAUGUAAAGAAGGGACUCAUCCUUGUUGUUCUUUAGAGGCCAGUGUAUGGCUUGAUACAGGAAGUUACAAAUGGAGCAAGGUUUUAAAUAUUGUUUAUAUAUGCAAUGCCUCGCUUCUCUGCUUUAUUUCUGGUGUAGUGAUCUAUACAUUUCUGUGUCAAUCAUAUAGAUAUGCAGUGAGAAAAUAAGUGAAACCCAAGCUUUAAAAGGUAUAGAAAUAAGACAAUACUUUCAGAGGUAUCAGUUAUAUAUUUAAAUGUACAGACUGAUUGCAUUGGGGUGAAUUUUCCAUAUUUAUUUCACACCUUGGAGAAAAAGAUGUUACACAUUUGUUAUAGCAUUUCAUUGCCUAUAAUAAAUUUCAUGUAGCUUCUGUUUGUAUCUGUCCCAAAUUAAAGUAGCAUCACACUAUGCAAACAUGGUUUAACAAUGCAUCAUUCUAAUCUGAAAAAUAACAGCAAAAAAUGAGAGGGACAGAGAUAUUCAAAAUUCUUGUAUUUAGAGAGAGGAGAGUAUUUCUACUGUCACAAAUUCACCACAUCCCUGCAUAGUUCACAUGAUGUCCUUAUAAUAUCAUUAUGGUAUGGGUAGGGAAGGAAAGCUCACAAUUUUGUGUGUGCUUUUGUAAGGGCUGAUAAUCUAAUUAACCCAAGUUGUACUACAGGACUGCCUAUUAGAAGAUGAGGCCCAUUCAUUUCUUAAUGAGACCAAGUGAAAACCGCCAAAAUAAUGCACAGUAACUCAAAAAAACAACAAAAGUUGACUGGACUCAGUGUAGAUAAAAAUAUAUAUAUAUAA